AUGCGGGCUACAAAGGCGUUGGCGACGCUUGCAUUUACGAGUACUGCGCUUUGUUUUAGUACAUUCCCGAAGGACCAUGGCCGCGUGACAAGGAGCUCGAGUGAUGGUGCGGAUCCUACUACCACCCUGGGCACUUUCUUGCAUAAUCGUAUCAGCCCGAACUACUCCCAGCUCUACAUCGCCGAGGCGGAUGGCUCAAACGAAAGGCUCCUCCUUGGUUCCAACACGGUCUAUGAAUUCCGCGCUAGCUGGGCUCCAGAUGGAAGCUUUGUUACUUUUACGUCAGAGCGGCGAGGAAACGGCCAAGCAGAUAUCUACAAGGUGGCUAUGAACGACUCGAAGGUAGUCGGCCCGAUAGAACCGCUUGUUCAAUCGGAGGGUGUUGAUGACUCCAGCUCAAUCUCCCAUGAUGGCAAGAUGCUGGCAUUUUCAACCAGCAGAUUCAACCACACCAGUGACAUCAUGCUGAUGGUCCUGGAAGAGGGAAGCUUGAAGAACUUGACAAAGGUCCCCGGUAUCUCUGAGGCUGCGGAUCCCGCACUUCCCAAUGGCUACUACAAGCCCGUAUGGUCUCCCGACAACGAUUGGGUUUUGUUCACCUCGGAUCGAAAUACCCCAUGGCGAGGUCACAGUGAUGGCUCUGGUUGGGAGCACACGCAAGAGCUUUCCAUCUACGCUUGCCGUCCCAAUGGCACCGACUUGCGUCUAGUGUCGUCCCGGUCAAACUACACACAAGGCUCACCCAGGUUCUCGCCUGAUGGCAAGCGAAUUGUCUUCUACGAGAUGAAGACCGAGGAUACUUAUAAUGGCCGUCUACAACCCAAUCUAUUAUACAACGCCUAUCUCAACACAAGCAUUGUCUCGGUCGACUUCCCCACAGGAGCCAACCGUGUUGUUCAUGCCAUCGGUGAUGGAACUAAGAUCAGCCCCUCCUUUGUCACUAACGAUGUCAUUGGCUAUGUCAUGAAGGAGUCAACUAGCAAUGGCAUUUACUACGUCUCUGUAUCCGGAAAGAACUAUACUCAGUACCAAACCAUUCAGAUGAACACCAUGACGCCUGCGCUGCGCUCGCCUGCCUGGUCUCCCAAUGGGAAAUACGUCAUCUACGAGAAGCAAGGUCCUACUGGAGGUAGUACCUCCACUUCUAAGAAGCAGUACGGAAAGCUGUGGAGCUUUGACAAGAACUGGGACUAUCGCUUCACCGAUGUUUUCCCCAUGGGCCAGCGAUCCGGAUGUCCUGUGAUGGCCAUGUCACAGCAGAUGGAAGGUCCGGCAGAGAACAACCUCUUGCGCUUGUCGAUGAACGGUAGUAACCAGGUCACCUUGUUCCGGCCUAAAGACGAUAUGAUCAACCCUUCCGUCGCGGAGGGUUACAACGCACGAGCCUACCAGGCCAACUGGGGCCCCAAUGACACAAACAUUACAUUUGGCUUUGGGGCCUACUUUGUGGGUCGGCAAAGCUCCCCUGGAUUCAUCUACAGCAUCAAUUCUGACGGUUCGGACCUCACCCUUCUCGCGGGUAACAACAUCUCGAAUUACGGUUUCCCGUCCUUCAGUCACGAUGGUUCCAAGGUCAUCUUCCGUACAUGGCCUGGCAUAGCCAGCAAUGGCAGUACAAUUGGUACAACUGGCUUGGCCAUUGUCGAUGUGGCCACUCUCAAGAUGAAGCAGCUUACCACUGAGUGGGAUAACCUGCCGGCAUUCUCCCCCGAUGGGAAGAAGAUUCUCUUCACCCGCCGUACCAACCUGAACAACAUUGGCGACAACUACGAUAUCUUCACCAUAAACCUCGAUGGCACAAACCUUACUCAGCUGACUCAAUCCAUCGCUAGCGAUGCUCACGCCGUGUGGACUGCGGAUGGUCGUAUCCUCUACAGCACCGCUAUGUAUGGUUUCCAGCAGGAGGCGGCCCUGUAUGACGACUCUAUGCAGCCUUAUGCCAUCAUCAUGGUCAUGGAUGGUGACGGAAAUAAGAAGACACCACUGACCAACAGUUUGUGGGAAGAUGCCAUGCCCAUGUACGCUCCCAACCGUGUGCUGGAAGCCAAGUGUCCGUUCUCUGGACACUAA